AGCACUGGCAUUGCUUUUUUUCGUCUUUUGGGAUGCUUUAAAUGAUCUCUUUUUAGYAUAAUAAAAGUCCGUUUAGCGAACAAGUUUCUGGGAUAACAAAAAAACAUGGCGUGUAACAAGGCAACAACAUUUCUUCAAUAUAUGAUGGUGCUAACACUCGUAGAGUGCUGCAUAUCKGGGCUUCUACCUAACACAAUCCAAUGGAUUGCUCCUAAUAGCGGUGAAUGGACAUUGGAAAAAAGAGCAACUUCGACGGGCAUAACACAAGUGAAGAAUUAUUGGCUCAAGGUAAUGCAAGGACAAUCAGUGGUCGACCAAAGUAUAUCCAUUGAUACCGCAAAACAAACAGAACAGUUUCAUAUCUAUCCGUACUCUUCAUUGGACGAAGCAAUARUUUUUACUGAUUUUAUUAAGAACAUGACCAUUAUCAAACUUCCCAAGAAGAAUAUUUGUUUUCUUCAAAAGCAAAAGCAAAUGGCACAGCCACCAAAUGAGCUGAUUACCAGCUUGCAAAAGGUCGUCCCUCAAAAUGGAACCAAAUCAAAGAUAGGCAUUGACAAGACCGAGACGUCUUCCUGGUUAUCUAGUAAUAUUCCUGCCAAUCGACUAGCGUUAACAUCUGCCAUGAACACGUUGUGCGCAAAUGUACCUGUUUACGAAAUCACGAAGUUUUCUGGCCAAGUAUACAUAAAUACUGCAUCCGCUCAAGGUCAAAAAAGACAGAACUUCCAACGRAAUGCAUGCAGCUCAAAGAUAUGUCUUGACUAUCGUAUUGAGUACUGCGUGGCGAUUAUCAACGGGAAAUGUAAAAUUGAAUACCGAAUUGUUACAAUUUGUGUACCRGUUGUUUGUUAAUGAUAAGGAAAUUGAAAUAGUUAUAUUAUUACAUGGUUGAUAUUUCGAUUCUAACUUUAAGAGUAUGAUAGUCCUCAAAGGGAAAUAAUGUUGAUGACUACUAAAAUAAAGCAAAGUUCA